AUGAGUCUUCGCUGGCCAUGUUUCCUUAAAGACUGUGUAUCACCAAGAUGGAAAGCUGAUGAACACUGUAUAGAAUUUUGGAAUGGAAUUUCAAGGAGCUCUGGUGUUGAAACUCUGUCAUACGGAGAUUUUCAGAAAUAUUCAGAUGAAUUGGUGGAGUUAUUCAGACGUCAUUUAAUUUUUGCACCUAACAACAGUAACAGAACACCAGUUGUUGCAAUCAUUUGGGCUCCACAUAUAUUAACUAGUGUGGUGACUCAUGGCAUUGUUAAAUCAGGAAUUCCUUUCUUUCCUAUACUGAGUUCUUCAGCUUCUUCUGGACUGAGGCCACUUAUAGACCAUAUUGAUGCUAUUGUUUGGCUGUGCAACCCCAUCGACGUUAUUCCUAUUGAUGGUUUCUUAAAUUAUCAAGCCACCUCAACAAAUACUCUCGACAGUGUAUUUUCUCGUGAUGAUUGGUGUUUAUUAUUGCGUUCCAGUUUAUCUUCUUCUUCAAAGGCUGAUAUAUUUGCGAAUCCAUUUACUCUGCCCAACAGUCAUCUGGCAUAUAUUAUUAGCACAUCUGGAAGCUUCAGUGAUGAAAGAAAACUAGUUUGUGUGGCUGACAGUUGUCUAACAGCCAAUAUUUUGGACUUAGGAAUGAGAUUUCCGAGUGACGAUCAUUGCAGUCCCGAAGAAAAUUCUGUUGUUUUGGCUUCACCUCUGACAUUUGACCCUAGUAUUGUUCAAAUUUACUUCUCUCUUCUAAGUCAUCGUACUUUAGUCAUGUGUCCAUCUUCUAUUCUCAGUCAAUCAAAAGCCUUAUCACUUUUAUGCAUAAAUGCAAAUGUUGAUUGGUUGCAAUGCACGCCUAGUCAGCUUUCUGGACUCGACCGUCAUCUUCUCAAGAGGCUUUUGUCGCAGCCAAGAUUAAAAGUUUUGCUUGGUGGAGAACCGUUUCCUUUGAAUGAAUUUAUAAAUAUCAAAAAAUACAAGGCUACUCUGUAUAAUAUUUAUGGAACCACUGAGGUUUCCUCGUGGAGUCAUCUCUUUAAAGUCAAUGGCCCAGACGAAGAUUUGACGAAUGAUGAUAUUUAUUGUAAGUGUUCGCCUCCUGUGUAUGGAUCUUCACCUCUAGGGUUCCCUAUGCUAGGGACCACUUUCUCACUAAUUCCAUCUACCUCGGCAAAUGUGUGGGAAUUGGGAUUAUCUCGUGAGUUCGGCGGUUUUUCCGUCAUACGUACAAAAGGACCAACUGUUACUGUUCAAGAGUUUUCUGAUGCACUUUCACAGUUGAAUGUCAAGACCAUAUGGCCAACUGCUGACUUGGUGCACUAUGGACAAUGUGGAAAGUGCCUAUGGUUUCUGGGCAGAAAGGAUCGCAUAGUGAAACGGUUAGGAUAUCAAAUAUGCUUGGAGCGUCUAGAGCAUGCUAUCAAAAUGUGUAAAUUACCAGGUAUCAGAAUUAAGAACUGCAGAUGUCAAGUUUCCAAAAAGUCAACUAGUAGGAACUUUACUAUCGCGUUCAUUGAAAUUGGCUGUUGUUCCUCUAAAACAAAUAAUAAAAAUACCUCGAAAGUUUUGCUUCCUAACCGGCUAAAAUGGUUGAAAUUGCACAUCGUUAGGAAACUGAAAGCAAUAUUCACCCCCAACCCUGAGCCUUGGAUACCUACUCAGUUUGUAUUCUCUUGUCAUCCAUUGCCAGUUUCAAGUCAUGGGAAGUUGAUUUACAGACCAUACAGAGUUUUCAAAUUCUCGACAUUAGCGAAGUCCAGACUAAUAAGCGUAUGGAAGGAGUCUCUUGGACUAGACAAUAUGAAUAUAUUGGAUAAGCGUCUAACAUUCUUAGAAGCUGGUGGUUCGUCUUUAAUGGCGUUAAAUCUUAUUGAAACGAUAAUUCAGGAGUUUCCAAACUUGACUAAUAGAAGAAAUAAACUUUUAUCCUCAAUAUUUACUCAUCCAUUCAGUCGUAUAUGCCAGUUGAUUUUACGAUCUUCUCACACUUCUACAAGACCCAGAAAACAUCCUACCAAAUUUAGUUCGUUUAAAGAAACUGAUCAAAGUAAAUCAAGUGAUGUUGAAAUGAAUAUUGAGUACAGACACCAGUCUCCGUUCAGCCUGUACACCAGUGGAUCUUCAUUGCAUUUGUCUAAUUUACUGCACAGAGACGCUAUCAGGUUGAUAUGGCGGCAUGAUUUACUUAAGUGUGUUGAUGCAUCUCCUGUAAUCAUUUCCGGUCCUGACAGACUUAUGGAUGGGUGUGCAUUUGUAGGUAGCCAUUCUGGUUUAUUUUCUGCUAUACGCGUUCCCGAUGGUUGUCCACUUUGGUCGGAUUCCAGUGUGCCUAUAUCAGGACGUAUCGAAGCCUCUUGUGCAUAUGCAUACAUGGGUUCGACAUCAAUACUUACAGUCGGUACUUUGAGUGGGAACAUAUGUGCUUUGGAUAUUGAACAAGGAACUGUAUUGUGUUCGUAUGACACCGGAGGUGCUGUGAAGUCUCCUACUACGUAUAUUCAUGAUUAUAGAUUUCUAGUAUGUGGUUCCCAUAGCAAACUGAUCCAUGCUGUGGACCUGCGUUCGUUGACUGAAAUGAGGCCCGUAUGGACCAAUCCUUUUGACGGGUCACCUAUUGUUUCUCCUAUUACUGUGUCACGUACUUCUGACACAAAUACACCGUAUCUUGUAGUUGCAAGUCUUGGUGGUUCUUUUGGCUGUUUAGAUCCAAGAAAUCCUGCCAAUUUAGUUUGGAUGCAACAUGCAAAAAUACCAAUUUUCAACAAACCAUUGUUAUAUUUUGAUUCUAAUAAUAAGGUUAAUAUCAUCAUAGCGGCAGUUAGUGGAAGGAUUCAAUCCUGGUCUUUACUGAAUGGAACACUAAAUUGGAGUUACGAGUGUUCCAAGGAAUUGAAUGGUCACGCAAUAUUUUCAGAUCCUGUCUUUGAUUGUCAGUCAAAUAGUGUUAUAAUUAGUACGAAUAAAGGUUUUAUGUUCGCAUUGAAUGUUCUUAGUGGUAAUUUAGUAUGGAUGCUUGAUUGCAGAUUCGAUUUAUCUGAGACCAAUUUAUGUUCAUUAAACACACCAUCAUUACUAUGCACUGAAUCGAUUUCACAUAAUACUAACAAAUGUUUAUUGUUUGAGACAAGAGCAGAUGGUUUACUCUUUACGUGUUCUUUACCUGCACUUAACACUUCACUGUCAUUUGUUCAAGUAGAAUAUCCCGAUUUGCUAACAACUUAUCGUUUACCUGACCAGUGUUUUUCUUCUCCUGUUGUAUAUUCCCAGAACUCCAAUGAUGUACAUAUUGUUACUGGGUGUAGAGACAAUUAUGUUUACGGUUUUUCAAUAUGA